AUGAACCAGGGGACGGCUGGUUUAAUUAAGUUUGUCCCCCAUUUCCUCCAGCUGAAGAUCGGAUGGACUGCCGGCGCUCCCAUAGCCGAGGGAGUAGAGCGAUUUGUGGAAGAAUGUUUGCCCGUGAUAAGGUAAGAAAGAAUUGGAUUCAUCUUAUUCGCAGACACAACAACCCGCAUGUACAAUACAGCCUUUACCGAACAUCCACAUUUUGUGAUCCUUUCCUAAUUGGAGUGUACAAUUUUAAUCGUCAAAGGAAUCGAAGAUUACAAUGGAGGACUGUGGAACAAGUGCUGGCCCAGGUAGAAGAAAUGGCCAUUGGAGGUGACUUCAGGCCCGGAAGAAAACGUGGAGUCAAUACACGACUGCCUCGAGGACUAGAAAUCUGGGAUUCUGAAACUAAAGGACACGAUGUAUUUGAAGUCUACAGCAAAUGGAAAGCCGAUCCGCCUCCCAAAGACGCCAUCAAGAGUAUCCAGCAUCCUCAUCUUGUUCAUAAACCCCAUUAA